GUUGUCACGUCUGAUUUUACAUUUUGAGGUUAUAGUGUAAUAUUAUUAAACGUUAAAUAGGAUUUAAUCAUUAAAAUAAAAUGAAAGCAAAGAAAUUAAAGACGAAGAAGGGUACAAUUAAUAAGGGGAAAAUCAAAAAGACUUUAAAAAAUGUUAUAUGUCGCCCCGAUCCUAUCUUCUGGCCAGCAGUAUCAGAAGAUGAAGCAACUUUAUUAAGUAAUAUCCUUAUGGAAUAUCGUAUAUCUAUUCCUGAUUUUAAAAAACCUCACUGGGACGAACUAAAAUUGAUACCAAAAAAUAAACGACCAAAACCUAUACCGCUUAAAAAAAUAGAUGGAUUUUUGUUUGGAAUAUCUGUGUGCCGCAAUGCUAUUGAAAAAAAUGAAUGCUCUGCAGUGUUAAUAGAGGCAUUAGUCGAACCCCAAAUUGUCGUCCAGUCAAUUAUCGAAGCAUGUAAUUCUUCCAAUAUCCCAGUAGUUUGCUUGAAAGACUUAAGAAUAAUAACCAAAAGCUACUUCGGAAUACAGACAAGCUGCUUAGGAAUAAAAAAGGACAGUUUGCAAAAAAUCAGUAACAAUGUGAAGGAAAUAUAUCAAAAAUAUAAAUUUCAGAAGAAUAAUGUAAAUGACAUAAAAUCAGAAAGUGUUAAUCUUGAAAGUAAUAAAGUAUUAGAAAAAGAUAUGCAGAUGGAUAUUGAUAUGGACCAAUCUCGUAAUCCAUAUCUUUUCAGAACCGAUAAGAAAACCAGAGUGUUUGUGCCAUCCAAUAAGCAAACAAAUGGAGAAAGUCUCGAGUUUGUGGGACAAAACUUUAUUAAAUUAUCAGCUCAGAAAAUUGAAAACAAAACAGAUAGUAAGGAAUACAUGAGACUGAUGUUGAAAAAAAUAACAAAUAACCCUAACAGAAAAAAA